AUGUCGCUUAAGCGGGUCCUGGUUAUCGCGGGCUCUGACAGCUCUGGUGGCGCUGGUCUAGAAGCCGAUCAAAGAGUUCUUGCCGCCCACGGAUGCUAUGCUCUCACAGCUACGACGGGAUUGACAGCACAAAACACACUCGGCGUGCAAGACAUCUUUGUUGUCCCAUCAGAGUUUGUUCGAAAGCAGAUCAAUGCAGGGCUAGAGGAUGUCGGCUGUGAUGUAGUGAAACUUGGCAUGCUGUCGUCUGCGGAGACAAUUGAUGUCAUUGCCGAGACAUUACAAGCGCAUCAAGUUCCCGCCAUUGUCCUAGACCCGGUCAUGGUAUCUACUAGUGGAGCCCAGCUUCUCCCCGAGAAAGCCGUGAAAGAACUUCGAACAAAAUUGCUCCCAAUUACUACCAUUCUCACACCCAAUAUCCCAGAAGCUCAGCUUCUGCUAAAGGAUUCCGGUGUCGAGGCCCCUGAACCUGCUGACCUUCCUGGACUAAUUGAGCUCGCCAAGCAGAUCUGUGCCAUGGGCCCAAAGGCUGUUCUGCUGAAGGGGGGACAUCUACCUCUCACCAAGGACCUCAAGACAACUCAGAAUCCCAAAGAUGCAACCGCAGUCAUCGAUAUUCUUUAUGAUGGUGUAAGAGGAGAAACAUCGCUAUUCGAAACCGAGUACUUGACCUCCAAGAACACUCACGGUACUGGCUGUUCUCUUGCCUCGGCAAUCGCCGCUAACCUUGCCCUGGGUAAGGAUAUGGCGCGAGCGGUGCGAAGUGCUGUACGAUUCGUUGAGGCGGGCAUCAAAAGCAGCGUUGACUUGGGAAAGGGAAGCGGUCCGAUCAACCACUUUCACUCGAUUUAUACUAUGCCUUUUGCCCCUGGUCGGUUCGUUGAAUAUGUCCUGGAUCACCCGGAUGUUCAGCAUGUAUGGAAGAAAUUUAUGCAUCACGACUUUGUUGAAGGUCUAGGCCAGGGUACGCUGCCCAUGGAGCGAUUCAAGGAAUACCUUGUGCAAGACUACCUGUACUUGGUUCAAUUCGCUCGGUGCAAUGCGCUCGCAUCAUACAAGUCGCAAAGUAUGGACUCAAUAGCCGCAUCUGCACAAAUUGUCCUUCAUAUUCAGCGAGAGAUGGCCCUGCAUCUGGACUAUUGUGCCUCCUUUGGCCUUUCCAAGGAGGAAAUGGAAAGACACCCUGAAACGAUCGCAUGCACUGCAUACAGCCGAUACAUUCUUGAUGUGGGCCAGUCCGAAGAUUGGCUUGCACUUCAGAUGGCUUUAGCUCCCUGCUUGAUCGGAUAUGGAGCCAUUGCUAAGCGGCUCCAUUCCGAGAAAGCGACCCUCCGUGAAGGAAACUUGUUCUGGAAAUGGAUCGAGAACUAUAUUGCCGACGACUAUACUGAAGCUGUCCGGCUCGGAUCAGCGCUAUUGGAGGAGCACAUGCAUAAGGUAUCACCCAGCCGUGUGGAGAGCUUGAUUAAGAUAUUCGUCCGAGCGACUGAACUAGAGAUCAGCUUCUGGGAUAUGGGAUUAAGCUCUAUGAAGAUGUGA